AUGUCUUCAGGUACUAUUUCGGGCAGCGAUUCAACAGGCAACUCAGGUUCCGCUUCAGCAAACUCAAAGGAUAAUUUAAAGGCAGGUUCCAGUAAGGCAGGUUCCAGUAAGGGAAGUUCCGGUAAGGGAAGUUCCGGUAAGGGAAGCUUUGGAACAGAAGCUUCGUUGGGAAAUACUAGUCCUUUCAAAGCGGGUGUCGCUUCAACAAGGAGUGGAGCUUCUUCAUUUUUCAAAGAGAAAGCAAACAGAUUAUCGCUGCUUUCCAGUUAUUCGGGAGUUGUACACAAUGCUGAUGUCGAUACUAUCCAGUACGUAGUUAGCAAGUCCCCAACCAGAGAAACGAGCGUGUUAUCAAAUGCAUUUUCUGAAUUGAGAACUGUCACUAGCGGAAACACACCUACGAUUCCUCAGAGUCCUAGUAAUAGCAUUAGACAUUCAUUGACCUUGAAGAACAUCAACAAAGCACUAGGUGAAAGUGCUCAAGAUUGCACAACAACACCAACAAUAUAUACUCCACCUGUAAGUGAGGUGGGGUCAAUUCAAGUGCCAUUGAUUCUUCCUACAACUCCCAAAACAUACCACCAGAACGAUAUGUCCUCAAAUAAGACUCCUGACAGGGAGCAGACCAUGGAUUUAGAAAUCCCCAUCCCCGCACGCUCUGCUAAGAGACCUAAUUCGGUUUAUCUCGAUCCGAGCUUGGUGUCCCCUUCAAACAGCUUGAAAGACUUCAAUGCUGAUAGCGUUACCUUGUCUCUAACGCCUAAAAAGAAGAGCAGAAUAAACUUGAUGGGACCCAGAUCUCCUCCACCUAUUUCCCCACUCCCUUCGCCAACGAAGGAUAAUUUCAUAACAGAGUUAGCGUUAUCUGACAAGGGUCAUAAGAGAACAAGCACAGUAGAUACUACCGGUACUCUAGGUACCAUGGACAGUAUGACGUCAAAAAGAAGUGAGGUGAUCGGAGGAAAGUUGGACGAUAUCAUGCAACAAGUGGAGAAUGUGAGAUGUGAAAUCGAUGGCAAGGCACAGCCGGUUAAUAUCCGAACUCCAACAACCCCUGUGAGUCUUGUCUCCAAUUCUUCUGGUAAAAUGGGUGUGGAGUCGCACAGCAUUUUGACCAGUACGGAGUCAUUCCAUACCGCGCAAUCGUUCGACAGCGACUGGGUUGAUGACGAAGAGGAAGAGAAAGAUAACGAGAACGACGAACAGGAAUCACUUCAAACAAGCACACUUCCAAAUGUGCAGAGCUCUCUUGAUAGAGCAUCUAUUUCGACGUUACAAAAUCCUGCCUACGUCUCCAGAGCUUCUACUGUUACAGCAAGAGAUAAACAUCAGAGUGGUACACACAUUUCUCCUCAAGGUUACACUACUAGUCGUGACUGGUUCAAUAAGACAUCAACGGGAGGAAACCGCGCUCUUCCAGGAACUGCAUCAUCGUCUAAAUACAGUCUUCAACAACCCAACAUACCUCGUCCUUCGGAAAAUGCAGCAUCUGAGUAUCCAUCUUCUUCAAUAGUCGAUUCACCUUCAUUCAGGGCUUCUGUGCUAGGAAAGACGAAGAAAAAGAACAAUAAGAGAGUUAAAUCAUUUUCCUACGACACAUUGGCACGCCUAUUGAAUGCUACUGAUGGCAUAGUCAUCGGUCAGGAGUUCGCAAAUCUUGGAAUGCCUAAUGAGGAGAAGUAUCUUAUUGAAAAAAUUGUCACCUCUUUAAGUCGACUCACCGCCAACAUGAUGAUCAAUCCAAACAGAUACGAUCAAAGUUGUACCAGGCUUGAAAAUGUGUUGAACAUGCUAGAAGGCUUUGAUUAA